GAACAAAAUUCUUGUUGGUUUGGUUGUUGUGUUGAUGAUUGCUGUUGCUUCAGUUAGCGCAUUGCGUCCUCUCAAGUUUGCUCCGGUUGCUCCUGCCAGAGCAUUGCCAGCUAAUGUAUUGGCUUUUAUUGAAGGCUUUGCUUUGGGUGUUGAAGCUGAUAUUGGUAAUGUUACCCUCUGUACUCAAGAUGCUAAUAUUGCUUUGGGUGAUUUUGAAAAUGCCUUCUACUCAUUGGAAAAUGGUAUGAAGAGAUUGUCACCAAAGUUGAUUGAAACUGGUUUGAAGGAAUUCGGUGCUGGUGUUCAAGAAGUUGCUAUUGCUUUGAAGGCAUGUAAUGUUAAUGAAAUUGUUGCUAGAAUUGAAGAAAUUGCCAAGGAACUCCAAUCAGGUCCUGGAGGAAUUGUUAAGGUUAUUGUCCAUGAAAUUGUCAACAUUUUCCAUAAUGGUCGUGAUAUUGCUAGUGAAUUCAAGAAGGCUAUUUCUUUCUGGAAGCUCCAAAAGUGGGAAUUGUGCGGUGUUCAAGUUGGUAAGAUUGUUGGUAUUUUGUUGGAAUAAAUUGAACUCAGUUCAGUAAAUAUUUUUUAAA